CGACUUGUUUACGGUAGUGACGUAGGGACAAAACCGGAAGUAGGAAUCUGCGUAUGUUUGAAGGGGACGUUCACAGCCGUGUACAGUGACAUGUUACACUUUGUACGUAUUUGGCAUCAAGAGUGUUUUAUAAAGUGGACAUAUCGAGACGUGACUGGCUAUAGAGCUUGUGUGAAGCGUUAGAAAAGCACAAAAUGGCUCAGUACACUUUCCACGAGCAGCUGUUGUCCGUCAUGGAGAUUCUGGCCAAAGCAGCAACGGAGGAAAUUAACCGGCGAGUUGAGCACAGCUGUGCGGUGAUCCGCAUCGAGCUCUCCCGCAGUCAGAGAGACAUCGACAGCCUGAAGAGGAAAUGUCAGGUGAUGGAGAAUGAACUGAGGAAAGUACGUGGAAGAGGGAGACGGAAAGUGUUCAUCUGCGGCUCCUCUGAGAAGAUACCUUUUCAGGGUCUGUGUGUCAGAAACACCAGUGUUCAUGCAUGCAGAGCUGAUCAGCCAGUUCCACCAACACAGGACGACUCUGAAGCAUCUACAAAACAAAUCCGUCAGACUAUCCAGAUACCGGAGGACAGAUCUGCAGCAACAGCCAUUAAAGAGGAGAGAAAUGAUAAUGAUCUGUGGAGACAGGGAGAGGCUGCAGGGCAGUUUCAUUUUGGGUGUCAUGGCAACAAGCAACACACCUCAGCUCAGGAGAUAAGUGAAGAACUAAAUCAAUUUAGUGAUGACAUGGAGAGACAGAGGAUGCACAUCACGCACAUCAGUUCUCCGGUUACGGGCAACGAGGAGCGUCCGAGAAGUCUCAGACUGCAGGUAAAAACUGAAAAGGAGGAAGAGGAAGAGAAGGCAGUAGCAGAAGCCAUAUUGGUAGAAGGGUCUGAGCAGAGGAGAGAAGAAACGAAUCACCCAGAGUUUGCUUAUAACGACGACAACAGUAACGAGGCAGAAAGAACAGACAUGUCCUUCACGUCCACUCAGCUUUCAUGUGACCUUUCUGUCUUCUCUCAGCCUGCUGUGGAUGCGGCCAUAGGACAGUCCGGAAACAAUGGCAAAACUAUACCGAAUGAGCAGUUAGAGAUGUACAGUGUCGGAGAGGUUAGUGUCCAUGAGCAACCACAGCCAGCAUGGUGCAGAGACAGAGCACAUGAGGCAGAUCAUAUUGUACAGAGACCGAGGCAUGAUGGCUCAAGCACUCACCAGCAGCACAGGACAUUAUCCAGACCCAGUGAGGCCGGAGUUGGAGCUGACAUUGACUCCCAGACCGGCUCUAACAUACCUCAUCCGGCGUUUUUGGGAAGAGGUCGUGGCGGAGUCAGACGUUUUCGAACUCAGUGGGUAACCAGCGUGGAUGGAGAGCGGCGCUUCCGAUGCACGUUCUGCGAGCGGACGUUUGUGCGUUUCGGCCAGCUGAAGGAGCACAUGCGCAGCCACACCGGCGAGAGGCCGUACACAUGCAGCCAGUGCGGUCGCAGCUUCACCAAACAGGGCAAUCUGAUCCGGCAUGCCGUGGUGCACAGCGGAGAAAAACCCUAUCAGUGCAACCUGUGUGGGAAAUGCUUCACUCAGCGCUCCAGCUUAAAGUCCCAUCAAAAAACACACACACCAGACAGAGACACUGUUCUGCAAGGAUUAGCUGUGCGUCAGCUGGUCCGAGAACAACACGACAACCUGGCUGUCACACAAACCAGGGGUUUUGUAUAGCAACAGCCCAGAAUUGAUGACAUUAUUACUUGGAUGGUCAUGUGUUAAUAAGCAGUUCCACAGAUCCUGUUAUGUGCCUGUUAUAGACAUUAGAGCAGCACUUACAUUCCCUAGGAACAUUUGUUUCUAUUUAGAAGACAACAUAAUGACAGAUGUCUUCUAAAAUUCGUUAUUAUCGGUCAGAUUUUAAGGAACAUUAUGCUAUUCUCAAAAAAGGACAUACUGUUCUUGGAGUUCUGCUGAAGGUUUGAAAAGCAUGACUGCUAAAAUCUAACACCACCACACUAGCUAGCUAAUGUAAUGUGGCCUAACAGGUCAUAGAGGUCAGAGCAUGUAGGUUGUGCCACAAUGUGGCAGUGUGGGCAUUAAGCUUUCUUUUUUUUUUUUUUCACAACAUUCCCGAGGAUUUAAUUAUUUGCAACAGACUCUUGCUAUGAGUAGUUAAUGUCACUUGGAAAGCAUAUUAAGCAUUUGAGUUCUGUUCUUAAUGCAUUCCUCGUGAUUUCAAGUCUCUAGCUUAAUCUUGAUAAUAAAAGUGAUAAUACCUUUUUUUCAGACACUGUGCAUGGCCUCGUGGUGCAACAAAGAAGACGUCCGUGUCAUAUUGUGCAACAUGUUUGUCGUUACAUCGCUACUGACAGUGAUGCAAAACUGCCGCAUCUCAGGAUAUGUGCACACUCACACACUAUCGGACAUUACAGUGGCUGUAGAUCAGUUUUGCUUGUAGAGUUUUCAUACAACACAAUGUCACGAGAGCAUACGAAUGGGUCUCUACCACUGUAUCACCAACAGUAGUCCUUGUUCCAUCAAACACAAUGUUUCUUGAUGUUUAUUGCAGCCCAGCUAUGUCAUUCAGAUGUUAUAGUUUGUGUUGUAGUUUGCGAGAUAGUUUUUUAACCUAAUAUAAGUUUAAUGCAGUACUUUUUGCACGUGAAGAACUUUACUCACUUAACUGGUAGACGAUUCUCCACAAGGGGGCACAAAUAAAUCAUAAAGUGUCUGAGACGCAGAAUACGCCAACAUCACACGCUACAAGAUGUUUCUCACCCCAAUCAGUAAUAACACGACCUUUACAAUACCUCAGGCUUAAAAUCACUUCCCAGUUGAAAUCACUAAUUUUUCCGUAAUCGAAGCGAUUCGUCGUUGAUCAUUAAACAAGACAGCGUUGAUUAAAAAAAUGUAUCGAUGCCUUUCGUUUUCAUUAACACUAAAAAUUCCCAAUUUGGUUUUUUUUCAUUAAUGACACUUUGAUAGCAAAUUCCUAAACCAUGCUUGAAAAGGUUAGUAAAAAUGUUAUGAAUCUAAAUCUGUGAGGAGUUCAUAAAAGGGACAUUAAAGUGGGACAUUUAAGCCAUUUUCAUGAGGACAUUUUGUUCAUUUAAUAUAAAAACAGUGGACAUGAGAAUAUGAAGUUUGAAUAAUUUGAGAUUUUAUUUUAUAUUAAAUGAUGUAUCUUUUGUUAUUUUAAAAUUAAACAUGUGUAGUUUGACCAAA